AUGGCCAAAGAACCAGAAACUGGAGAAUUCUAUAUUGAGGCCUAUGCCUCAUUGUCUGCUACUAUUACCCUUUUUCAGACAAUUCUGAAUCAAGUUAUUCCUCUUCAAAUCCAGAACUACAUUGUCUCCAAAAUCCUUAGUUAUUUUCGUCCUCAUUCAUCAAACAUAACUCUUGCUAUUGAAGAAAAAGAAGGCGUGGUUACUAACGAAGUCUAUGCCACUGCUGAAAUCUACUUGUCAGCCAAAACAGCCCCCAAUUUCAACGUUAGCAAAAGGCCUAAAGACCCAAAAGUGAACGUUAAAUUCGCCAAUUGUUGGAAAAUUACUGAUUCCUUUGAAGGAAUUGAAUUGGUUUGGAGGUUUGUUCACGAUACUGAAAAAAAGACCAUGACAAAAUAUGAAUAUGAUACUGGUAUGUUUCCUAACGAGAAACGUUAUUUUGAGCUAAGUUUUAACAAGCAAUACAAGGACAAAAUCAUGAAUCGUUACAUCCCUUUUGUACUCAACAAAGCCAAAGACAUGUUUCAUGAGAAAAAAGUUGUUAAGUUGCAUUCUCUAGCCAAUAUUCUUACUUAUAAUUCCAAACCUUGGGAUUCAGUUAAUCUUGAGCACCCUUCAACUUUUGAUACACUAGCAUUAGAACCAGCACUAAAGAAAUCCAUAAUUGAGGAUCUUGAUAGGUUCUUAAAGAGGAAAGAUUUGUUGAAGUUUGGCAAAUUCUUUGUCCCACAUCG